CACUGAGAGCAGGCCAUGAUAUUGGAAUAUUAUCAUACACAUAGACACUCUCUGGGAUUAAGUACACCAGAUUUCACGCAUUAUCAGCCGUAGGACAACGGUGAACAAGUCAGUGGGAAUCAGCCCAAUUAAUUGAUCCAAGGAAAGACACACAUCCAACAAUACCAGUGGGACCUAAGAUUUCAUCCUAUAACUAACAUUCAUCAGUUACCAUGACAAUGAACAAUGGAUGACAGUGGCAAUAUAAGUGAACAAACUGACCUUUGACAUCAGUCCUGUGGUUAAGAUGUGAAGGACAAUGUAGAUCCGAUGUUGUGCCAGUGUGGUAAAAGGCUAUCACCAGACAUUCUUCUGUAAGUUAUAAACCAUCAGUCCAAAUGCUUGACCACUGGUCAAAUGUUCCCAGCAACAACGCCAUUACGGACAUGGAGCGCCACAUCCAGCAAACCGUAGACAGGCUUCACUGUAUCAAAAACCACUUGUCUACGCCUGCAGGGUUCCAAAAUGCAGCCAGAGAAUUGCUGGAGUGGUGUUCCGACAUGCGAGCCUUCCAAAAGGCCUUUGAAGAUUCUCUCAUACAAUGCCUAACAGUUGUGAGUCAAGUGUCUACCCAACCUGGUUAUGACCUUGACCUUGGCUAUCGCUUGUUGGCAGUAUGUGCAGCCCAUCGGGACAAAUUGUCAUCAAAGGCCGCAGCUAUGCUAUCAGUAUGGUGUGAGGAGCUAGGCAGGUUACUUCUCUUACGCCACCAGAAGAACAGGGUGCCCGACUCGAAAGGCAGUGGGAUGCAUCCCCAGAUACAAAAGGCAAUGCCACCCGUCCCGUCAGGUGAUCCUAAUGGUCAGUGGUUAGGGAACCAGGGUCAGCCCGGUCAGGCAUUGUCGGUUGUGACGACAGUGUGGGGGACCACACAAUCAACCCAGAGCGGUCCAUUUCAACACAACACACCUGGCUACACCAAUACUACUAUGUCUACCACCAACUACACACAACAACCUCAGGGAUUCAAUACGCAGAUGCAGAAGGGAAACUACAGCAACCCACAGAAUAUUCCUUUCCGCCGGGAUUCCGGGGGUUACCAGAGACCUAGUGGGUAUCCUCCAACCCCAAACACGCCGGGUACAAACACACCAAAUGGUCCAAAUGAUUACCCAGGGGGCCAGGCUGGUAAUGCCGCCCUAUCCGCAGCACUGGUGGCAGCGGCUGCCACAGCAACAGCAACAGCAACGGCCACCGCCAGCAUGGUAAUGCAGGAGCAGCAAAAUCAACACAAUAUCAACAUGCAGAUGAAUAUGAAUGGCCAAUAUGCACCAAAUAUGCAGCAAAUGCCAGGCCAGCAGUCCUUCAAUAAUCAGUAUCCAGGCAUGCCUCAGCGCCCUACAGGGCCAAUGGUGCAAGGCCCAGGUCCAGGUCCUGGUCCUGGGCCUGGGGGCCCAAUGGUCCACAAGUACAAUGUGGGGAGCAGGAGAGCAUCAGCUCCCUACCCCAACCCCUCACAGAUGUUAUCUCAAAAACGUCAACAGUUUCCUAAUGGUGUACAGCAAUAUGGAGGGCCACAGCCUUAUGGAGUCCAGCAACAGUACCCCCAGAAGCCCCAGUACCCAGCACAGCAGCCCCUGCCCUCUCCCACAUACGGCCCACAGCCUGGCAUGCGGCCCAACGCACCCCCUCACUACGUCAAUGGCCAUAACCAAUAUGGCCCUAACCAGUUCCCCCCUCAGGUUCGGCAAAUGGCCCCACAAGGCCAGCCCUUCAACCAAUACAACAACCAGGGUCCCCAGCAAAACCUUCAGUCCUCCAAUAUGAGCUACCCACACUCACCCUUACCAGGAAACCCAACACCCCCAAUCACCCCGGGGGCAGUACAAUCCCCAUACCCAGGCCCCAUGGGUAUAAAGAAAGAUCUGGAUGAGCUGCGUCUGACAUUUCCCGUACGAGAUGGGGUGGUAUUACCUCCAUUCCGACUAGAACACAACCUGGCAGUCAGCAAUCAUGUCUUCCAUUUGAGGGAAUCCGUGUUCCAGACCCUCAUGUGGAGAUCGGACCUGGAACUACAGUUAAAAUGUUUCCACCAUGAAGAUCGACAAAUGAACACAAACUGGCCAGCAUCAGUGACAGUCAGUGUCAACGCGACUCCUCUCAACAUAGAACGAGGAGAAAACAAAACCUCUCACAAACCACUUUACCUCAAAGGAGUGUGUGCGCCAGGUCGCAACACCAUACAGAUCACCGUAACAGCCUGCUGUUGUUCCCACCUUUUUGUGCUACAGCUGGUCCACCGGCCAAGUGUUAGAUCAGUGUUGCAGGGACUCUUAAGAAAACGAUUGCUCCCUGCUGAACAUUGUAUUACAAAGAUUAAAAGAAACUUCAGCAAUGUGGCAUCAGGUGGUGGCUCAUUAAAUGGAGAGGACGGAGUGGAGCAAACGGCAAUCAAAGUGUCACUCAAAUGUCCCAUCACCUUCCGAAGAAUCACCUUACCUGCUCGGGGACAUGAAUGUAAACACAUACAGUGCUUUGAUUUGGAAUCAUAUCUACAAUUGAAUUGUGAAAGAGGAUCCUGGCGAUGUCCUGUUUGCAAUAAAACAGCAUUAUUAGAGGGGUUAGAAAUAGACCAGUAUAUUUGGGGAAUUCUAACCAACCUGUCAAGUACGGAGUUUGAAGAAGUGACUAUAGAUCCAAUGGCAGCCUGGAAACCUGUUCCUCACAAAAGUAUCAAAGAGGAAGAAGGAACAGGUGAUGCAUGUGCAAAUGCACGGUGGGCGAAGGCCAUGUCUCCAACAAGUAUGCAGUUACCAACUAUGAACUCAUGGGACUCGGGCGGACGACAGUCCUCACCGUUCCAAAUGCGGCCUUCAUCACAAGGGCCAGUAUAUCCCACAAUGCCAGGCGGGGAAGUGAUGUCAGGGGGACCGCCACAACCAGGCAACUAUCCACACCAGGGAGGAGGACCAACAGAUUACCCCCAUUCAGGACCUCUGUCACACAUGUCUUCAGGGCACCCUACAGGAGAUUCUAGUGUUAUCAACAAUACAAACUCAAAUGAUAUGCAUUCUGUGGAUAUCAAACCAACAUUGCACAACUCAGGCAAUUAUCCAUCACCUGUGUCUGUGAUGAGUCCAAGUGGGGACCACAGGUUACAUGGGGAGGGGCCAGGUACACCUACAACUCCACAAACUCUUAAUCAUAGUGGAGGAGGAGGGGCAGCACACCCUCUGUCCCAUCCUCCACAACCAAAUAAUAGUUUAACCAAAACGUCCACAAAUGGAGACACCAGUGCGGGCGACUUUAACUUUGACCCGGCCCCUAUUUUAGAAAGUGAUGGCGACCCAACUCUGGAUUUGCAACUAGACAAUUUGGGAGACCCAAUUGAAUUAUUAUCAUAUCUCGGACCUCCUGAAAAUUCAAGUUCACCAGCACCCAACAGUGGAAAUAGAAACAAUCAAAGCAAUAGUACCACAAAUGCCACAGAUGACCUUUUGGCCCUGUUUGAGUGAUAUGUAGGUUGCCAUGACAACCAAAAUUGCAAGAUCCAGAGCAAAAUCACUGUGCAAAACAUUUAAUGCAAUAUUGUUGUUGUUACAUCUGUUGAAAAUAAAUACAUAAAAGAAAAAAACCUAUAUAAACCUUUAACUUACAAUACAAGAAGUGAAAGAAAGAAACUGACUUUCAAGCAGAAAAUCACUUCAUUUCGUCACGUGACCAGGAAUUAUUUUUACACUUCAUUCAUCAUCACAUCAUGGAUUUAUUGAUCACCUCAUCAUUGUUUUAAGAAAAGAAAAAUCAUUGUCUUCAUCAUUUGAAGGCCAGUGUGUGUGAUAUAUGUGCAUGGAAAGUGACCAUGAUAGAUACAUUUUAUAGUGAUAAUAUUUCUAUGUGACCAAAACACUAGAGUUAUUUAUUGUGGACCCGUACCACUGUCCAUAUAUAUGUUACAAGUGGUACUGUUGCCUUGUUGUGGUUAGGCACAAUUUGGACGACGAAAAGGAAGGAGAAUCUGUGACAGCAAUGAUGUGCAGUGACCUCCCUUUAGAACAAGAUGGAGGUUGAGAGGCUUUCUAAUUUGUGAAUGUGGUGGAACCACAAGCCUGUGCAUGUGACUGGACAGAGUAGUUCUGGGGGCCUAGCAGCCACCUCCAGACAACAUGUACUGACCUUCAUGUGUCCUUCAAGUAAAGGAGUGGUUAGGGACACUUAGAUCUGAGUGACCAGUGGAGAGACAGAUGUGCUAUAGAUAGAUACUGUCCACCUCCACUGGACUGACUGGCUUUACCUGUUGACCAGGGUCAUACUAGGGUCAGUUGUAAAGGUCUUAGGAUACUUGCCAAAACCAAGAGAGACAAAAACAGUUUUUACUGGUGAUAUCUGACCUGUAGUGUAUUUAUUAAUGGUAUAAUGUGCAUUAUUGAACUAAUUAUGAACAUCCAUGUUCAUACUGGGCAGCAAACGGUCUUGGAAAUAUUCAGUGGAAUAUGAAAAUAAUUAAGAUAAUUAUAUAUUUAAUGAAAACCCAACCUCCCUGUAUGUGUGUACAUUGUGUAAUAUAUUCCAAGGGCCAAAUGCACAUUGUGUACUUAAUUUUAUCUUCUUUUUUUUUCGUUAUGAUUUAUUUGAAUAAGAGAGAGGGUGCAAUUUGUUUUCUUAAAAUGAUCACUUUCAUUUUACAUAUAUAAAACAUACAUCUCUAUUAUUGUUCUUCAGAUCAUGACUUUGGUGUUUUUUAAAUGAAAUCUUUCUAGAGGCAGCAACAUUCAACAUGGUGUACAGUUAGAUAUAUGAAUUGGUUUAUAUACUAUUUGUUUUCGUAAUAUAUCAGUAGAAAUUUUUUAAGCAAACUGCAAACAAGUGCAAGAUUCACCUAAAUAAUCUGCCUAUAAAGCAAUACAGGUCACAGAGGGGACUGAUCACACUGUUAUAAUCACCCAGUAUCAUAUGUACCCAGGCCCGCUGUUGCCUUAUUUUUUAUCUAUUUUUUAUUUACAUUCAAUCCUUUUGACUUAAUCAAAAAUUUUCUGUAUUGUUUUAUAUUUCCUUUUCUUCAUAUAUGGCCACGGACAAUAAGUGCUGCUAUUAAAUUGGUAAUAAGUAUACAUUUGCUUUUUUGAAGAUAUCUGGAUACUUUUGGAAUAGAUAGUUUAUGUAUUUCUUUAUAUGGUGUUAAUGGUAAUAUUUUCAGUAAGUACAUGGUUGUACUGGUUAACUAAUUCCUGAAAAAAAUGUAAGAAUUAAUAUUUCUAAAAAAAUUACAAAAUGAACUGUUAAAUGAUAAAUAGUUUCAAAACUUGUAUGAAAAUCCAAUUUUUUCUGAAUAUCGUGUGGAGUCGCCAAUUUCCAGUGUAAACACACAUCUGUCCAUCCUUCUAGCUUAAUGUAUAUACCAAAGAUAGACACAUCAACAGUCCAAGGGCCAUGUGGUACAGUAGCUAGGGGCAACAUCACACUAUUUAAAUUCUUUGCUUUCAUAGACACUUCAUUCAAGGCAAAGAUGUUGCAAUGUUCAGCCUCUUCAGUAAAUCUAUCAAAGAGUGAUCUCCCUUCAAUGGCGUACAGCCUCCUGUACUGCAUCUGAGUAUGCCUUAUUGGGUAUUCAUAAAAAGUAGAAUAAUUUCUUUUAAUCAAAUGACAAAUUUUAAACUUGCUCCCUUAAAAGCCCUAAGUUAAAGUUAUAUGAUGAAAUUUUGAUUGAAAUAUAUUUUUAAGAUGGGAGGGUAAUUUGCUAAUUUUUCACUAAAUUAGUUAUUUUAUAAACCAGCAAUCUCAAUGUGGCAAUCGUACCUUGCAAUUGUUUUAUCAUAUUAUUUCACUGCUUAAUCAUUUCGUUUUGCUUGGAGUUGUGUAGACAACAUGGAUGUUGUACAUACCAGACUAAGGGGCACUCCAUUUUAUAAUUUAUUAUUUCAUUUCAUCAAUAUAAAUGAAGUCAAUAGUCUACCAGGUGUUUGUUUUGGUAGAUUAUUAUGUCCCCCCACCCCGGCGAGUUUCGCCAACCCCUUAGUCUGGUCUGACCUCUCUAUGUCAUAGUAGUACAGAUUUAUUUUAUUACCAAGUUGAUUUAGCUUGUUGUAGUAAUAUUGUAAAGUGUACAAAAUUUUGACAGUCGUAUAUUUAAUGUUAUUUAUAUAUGAAACCAUCUUGUGAAAAAAAUGUUUCGUCCAUAAAUGUAUCCUUUAUUAUUGAGAACAGAGAUCACUGUACAAAAAAACAAAACAAAAUACACGAUUCUUUGCCUUAUUCCAAGGAACUUUCUCAGAUGAGCUUCAAAUUAUAAGACAAGUUCGUUUCAGGGUGGAAAUGACCUGUAUCUACUAUCAAUGUGCCUUCUCCUGCACAUUUCUUACUACACUCCUUACACCUGCAUCUUCCCUUUUGACACUCGAAGUUUUACUAAAUAGUUUUAUUUUGACAUGCAACUGAAAAAGUAGUUUUAUUUUGAUAUUAUUUAAUCAAUUUAUGAAAUCUUAUUUUAUGCUACGGUUUUAGAAAAAAAAAGUGUUUUUAGACCAUAUGGUUUUAAUUUUGGGUCCAGGCAUUCCUUGUGUGUGUUUAGGUGUGUAGGGAACAAACCUACUAACAUUUUGUUACCUUCAAACACUGUCAUAGAGUUUUCAAAGAAUAAAUACUAGUUAUAACAGUUAUUAUCCUGGACUAUUUCAUUCAAAGUAAUUCAAUGCGGUUUACGAUAUCUGAAUUAAAGCAUUCAUUGCUCAACUUACAUUCCAUUGGACCCGUUCUUAUGUCCUCAACAAAUAUCCGAAAUUAGACAAAUUUGAAGAAAAAAUAUGGUUUCUGAAAGUUUUGAAAUUUUUAACAGAAAAUGUUGCACUUUCCAAACCAUAGUGUAACAUAUUUUACAAUAUUUUGCUGCUAGAUAUGCUUCAGAAAGUGUCUUUUAGUAUGUAUGUUUUAUAAUAAAUCAAAAGAAAAUGUGACAUUAUCUCCAUGACAACAUGGUUCAUUUUAGCCUUUCCCUUCUGGUAUGGCAGGGGAAAUAACCCAGAAGGCUGUAAAUAGAUUUUAUUGUAUUGUUAAUAUACAUUAUUACUAGUAUAUAUUUGUGAUUACACAGAGAACAGGAACUUGUAGAUUUAGGGAAGCAAACCUAGGUACAAAUUAGAAUUUUUGUGUUGUUUCAUUAAUUGAUUUUUUCUGACGACUGUUCUCAUUAAAAGAAAAUUAUUUGAGAACGUAA